AUGGGAAGGCCUCCUUGUUGUGACAAAUCCAAUGUCAAGAAAGGUCUCUGGACUGCAGAAGAAGACGCUAAGAUCCUCGCUUAUGUUGCAAUCCAUGGUGUAGGAAACUGGAGUUUGAUCCCCAAAAAAGCAGGCCUGAAUCGCUGUGGAAAGAGCUGUAGACUGAGAUGGACUAAUUACUUAAGACCUGACCUUAAACAUGACAGCUUCUCUCCACAAGAAGAAGAGCUUAUCAUUCAGUGUCACAGUAUCAUUGGCAGCAGGUGGUCUUCCAUUGCGAGAAAGCUUCCAGGAAGAACAGACAACGACGUGAAGAACCACUGGAACACGAAGCUGAAGAAGAAGCUGAUGAAAAUGGGGAUAGAUCCGGUGACUCACAAACCUGUCUCUCAGGUCCUCUCGGAAUUCAGAAACAUAAGCAGCGGCCACCAUGGAAAUGCAUCUGAAGCUUUUGUGAGAAACUUCAAAACAGAACCGUCCAGCAACAACUCUAUACUCACACAAUCAAACUCAGCUUGGGAAAUGAUGAGGCACAACAACAUAACAACAAGCCAUGAGAGUUAUUACAACAACUCUCCAAUGAUGUUUACGAAUCCAACUUGUACUCCAUUCCAUUUCUCAAACCAUUCGAAUCAUCUUCUCAAUGGAACCACGUCUUCAUGUUCUUCCUCAUCGUCUUCUGCUAGCAUCACUCAGCCAAACCAAGUGGCUCAACCAACACAUGGUACUACUACUACAUUCCAAUGGAGUGAUUAUCUUCUCUCGGAUCCGGUUUUGCCUCUGAGUUCUCAGACGCAAGUAAUGGGGUCCUCUGCUACUAGCAACCUCACUUUUGCUCAGAAUGAAAACUUUAACAGCCAAGCUGAUUGCAGCUCUGAGAAGAUUGAUAUUAAGGCCUCGGGGACAUGUCAUUCUGCGAGCUCCUUUGUGGAUGAGAUAUUGGAUAAGGACCAAGAGAUGCUCUCACAGUUUCCUCAGCUCUUGACUGAUUUCGAUUAUUAG